AUGGAGCAGCUGUGGAGAAACCAGACUCCAGUGGGGGAGUUCCUCCUGGCAGCCCUUUCCCCGACUCCACAGUCCCAGGCCGCCUUGUUUGCUGUGUUCCUCUUGGUCUACGUCUCCACGCUGGUGGGUAAUACCCUCAUCAUGGCGACAGUCAGCUCUGACCCCCGCCUCCGUACUCCCAUGUAUUUCCUGCUGGGCAACCUCUCCUUCCUGGACCUGUGCUACUCCACCGUCACUGCCCCCAAGAUGCUGUUGGACUUUCUGUCUGAGAGGAGGAGUAUUUCCUACCAGGCCUGCAUGGUCCAGCUCUUCUUCCUGCACUUCGUGGGGGCGGCUGAGAUGUUCCUGCUCACCGUCAUGGCCUACGACCGCUACGUGGCCAUCUGCAAGCCCCUCCACUACCCCAGCAUCAUGAACCGGACCCUGUGCAGCUGGCUGGUGGCGGCUUCCUGGGCGGGAGGGUUCAUCCACUCCAUGGUCCAGACCAUCCUCACCAUGCGGCUGCCCUUCUGCGGGCCUAACCGGGUGGACAACUUCUUCUGCGAUGUCCCACCAGUGAUCAAGCUGGCCUGCACCGACACCUAUGUGGUGGAGCUGCUCAUGGUCUCCAACAGUGGGCUAAUCUCCACCAGUUGCUUCGUUAUCCUGGUAGCCUCUUACACCACCAUCUUGGUGAGGAUUCGCUCCCCUGAAGGGCGUCGCAAGGCGCUCUCAACCUGUGCCUCACACCUGACUGUGGUGACCUUAUUCUUCGGGCCCUGCAUCUUCAUCUACGCCCGGCCCUUCUCCAUCUUCUCAGUGGACAAGCUGGUCUCAGUCCUGUACAACAUCAUCACCCCCAUGCUCAACCCCUUGAUCUACACACUCAGGAACAAGGAGGUGAAGUCAGCCAUGAGUAGACUGAGGACAAGGGGCAUUACUUCUGGGGGGAAGGUAAUAGUCUGA